GGUUGAGCGCAUAUUAUAGCUAUAAUAACACAAACCCUAGCGGAAGAGGCAGAAUAGCGCCGGAGCCGAGUCGGUGCAGUUCAUCCCGUUAUACAAAGAAAUCGCGGUGCGGUUGGCGGAGAAGAAGAAAGUUCUUCAGUCGGGUCUUCUCCUGCGAUUCCUCACCACGUUUCUUUGUAUAAUGAGAUAGUCUGGACCGUGUUUUCCCCCCGAACACCGACUUCACCGUACGGUGAAAACCAACCAGAGUGGUGCUUGCUUGCACGCGGCGGCCGUCUUCUGUGAAAGCCAUUCUUCUCUUCUGUCAUGGCCUCCUCAGUUCAGUACCUAAGUUUAAAUUUAAUUUUCUUUGAUCGCCUUGGCACUAUGCUAGUUUGUGUGAAAAGAAUGAUCAUUCAAAUGGUUGUCGUUUUUGUCUGUAGAGCUUUAUAGAUUACUUUCUAAAUUGCACCUUAGGUUCGUUUUCUCUGCUUCAAGUGUUUGUUCCUGAAGUAUUUUCAACUUGUUAUACAAUGUAUUUUUUUUAGAAAGGAAGUGGCUGUUUACGUAGAACAUCAUUUCAUGUAAAAAAAAAUCUUUGGGCACAGAAUUCACACUUUGUGUGUUUUCUUAAUGGCUGGCCAUAAAUAAACGGGUGUGGCAGAAUCUUUUUCCUAAUUCUAAAUCUAUAUUAGGGAGUGGUAAAGGCUGCUGUUUGGCAUGGCAGCAGUUUAAAAAACGGGGGAUCAUUGUGGAAAAUAUGCAGCUGGUUUGGUCUGGGUGGAGAAUGCUGGGGGUUGGGCUGGGUUCUUCGUGAUUAGGCUUGUAGUUUCAUAGCUGGAUGAUCAACCAAGCUACUAGGAAAAUGUACUCUCCGAGAAGCUGAGAUUUUGGGGAUUUGAGAAGCAUUAUGGUGGGCUUUGAGUUAUGGUUGGGAUUUCAUUGAUGUUUAGUCUGAUUCUCUUCAUGCAAUUUCUGAGAUAAGGGACGGAGGUUCAUUGAAUGCUUUUGGAAUGAUCACGGAGGAUAUUAGAAUCAUUCAAGCAAGUUUUUUGGAAUUAUCUGAGUUUAUGUUUUUAUCAAAAGCAAAAGCAGCGGCUUCAUUGCAUGAUCAGUCUUAUUGGUUUUGAGCCCCUCCUGAUUGUAUUGUUGGUUAUCUUGAUCAUAACAUGAUGAAUAUCAAUUAAGUUUUCCCUUUUAUAAAAAAACAAGACACACUAUGCACAACAGCACAAGGAAGUACUUUCUUUAACAAGCAAGGAAAUAACCUAUUUCUCAAAAGUGGCACCUGCUAUGAUAAUAUCAAAAGGCAUAUGUUUUCCUUUCCAUCCAAGUAUGCUUAUGAAAUCUUCAUAUGCUUUGCUUGACUGUUGACGGUCAGUUUUUUUAACCAACCAUUCUAGCUCAUUGGGUGGAAGGUUACGUGUCCUAAUGGAGGUCUUGGGUUUGAAUCCGGCUAGACACAUUUAGGGGUCUCGGAGUUGCUUGGUUGAGAAGGGAGAGGAUGGUAAUGAAAGUAGCGGGUUCAUGUGGUGCGAGGACCCUGAAAGGUGAUGAAAGUCUGCUGGAUUCGUCCUUUGGAGUCAAUACUGACGAGGUUGAUUGUGAUCAGAUCUGGAUUAAUUGUCUAGAGGCUUUGGAGGGUAGUUCAUAGACUUCAUGAUUAUGAGAGCGUAAGCUCCGACACCUGGAUUAUCAAAAAAAAAUUGAAGGUCAGUUUUUUGUAAAGCUUAGCCUGUUUUUAAAUUGUUGUUCAGGCUUUCGAUAUUGACCAUAAAGAUUUUUCAAAUGAAUCCAAUUGAUUUUCACUGCAUAGAAACAUUUGGAUCUGCUUUGUCACAAGAUAUCCCUUUAAAUGUUGUUAGGACUUGUUCACGGUUGCAAAACUCUCCCCCUCCCAGCAUCGUCUAAUUGAGGAUGUUUUUUUUUCAGUCCCAGAACAUACUGAAUAUGAUGUAAUAGACUGAGUAUUCCGGAGUAUUUAAAAAUUUGUUGACAGUGAAACUGUAGGCUUGUAAGAGAUUGUUGACCAAGGUAAUGGAAUGACUAACGAUAUUGAAAAUCUACUAAAAAACCGGCCUUGCCUGUCCCAUGCCCUGUUGGAAUAUAACUUGUAACUGGCAGCUAUGUAACUUACAUUAUAUCUCCUAUGUCCCUGAAGAUCCACUUGUAAGUAUGGCAUACACUAUAAAUUGUAACUUGUACCUAAUUACCUAUGAUGCUGUAACAUGUAAACCCCUUGUUUUUAAUUUGCACAUCACAGUCUUUAACUGAGCUUAUUAUGCUGCAACGUAUUUAAUGACUUCAUUGUUGGCCACUUGAGGUUUGACAGGCACGUAUGUUGGCCACUUACAGUGUUCCUCUUGACCAGGACCUGCUAGCCGUGGGCUCUGUCUGACUUUGGAUCAAUUUUUGUGGUUGAAUUAAAUAUUAGAAAUUACAAAAGAAUCAUAUAAAAAAUAAAUUGGUUGAGUUUGAACUGACAUUUUAUUCCCUCAACAACAAAACUGCAACACAAGUUUUUUUUCAUAGCCUCAUAAUACAAGAACCAUUCCCACCAUCAAGCUACUUGUUACUAUACAAUCAAUUACCACAUUGGUCUUCGGAAUGCUCAGCAAGUACAUAUGUAAACAUCAUUUCAUAUACAAUAGUCUGCCAUAAGAGACAGUCACAAUGCCAAAUCAUAAUCAUGCUCAACAAGCAAUAGACUGAACCAUCUCGGUUCCAAACAGAAAAAAGGUAGUAAAAUAGGGUCACGUGGCAUGCAUUUUCUGAAACACCGGGACUGGAUGCCUAACUAAGUGCUAGCUGGAUGUAGUUAGCAUUAGGAGUCUCCUGUAAUGAUAAAUUAAUUUUGAACACUCAACUUUGAUGAGUUUGAUCCCAAGAUCUGCCAGUGAGUAUACAGGAAGUCAACCACCCAUCGUAGGAAAGAAACCGAAACAUGUAAAUAUAAAUGUCCUCUUUAGAAUUGAUUUAACUUGCAAAGUCAAGUUGCAAAAGUGUACAUACGACUUCAGGGGUCUAUUAAAGUUAGUAGCAUAGGUUUUAAGAAGUCAAUGUGCGACAUUUUUAAGUUAAGAAAAACAAAAACAAAAAGGGCUAAAUACCAAUUGCAUCCGUUAUCUAUUAAAUGAGUUUGGAAAGAAUGAAAGGAGUUUCCUUAGCAAUGGAAAUGAGGAUAUUCUAUGGAGCACUAAUAUUGCCAUUCUUUUGCUCUUUGGUUUCCCCAGAUGGUCAAGGUAUGCUCUGGUUCCAAGUGAAUAAAUAAUUGAGAGAUUUCCUGAGUAAAACAUAGCUGCCUUCAGAUGAAAUGUGUUUUUUUUGUUUUACUAUAUAGUACAAUUUCUGGAAUUAUUAACUCUCUCUUUCUCUGAACGGCAUUGCAUUUAGUUUGCAAAUCGCAAUAUAUCAGUUUUAGGAUAUUUAGGAUAGGAUUUAUCUUCAAAAUUCUUUUGAAUCUUCUUUCUAUUAGGAGAAGCACUGACUGCAUUGAAGGAAUCAUUGAAGGCAUCAAGUAGUCAGCUUAGUGAUUGGUAUACAAAUUUAGGUCAUUAGCUGAUAUGGGAUUAUCCGGCACUUUGUCUCCCAAAAUAGGAGCUUUGAAGAAGCUAACCAUAUUAUCAUUGCAAGGAAAUAAGAUAACUGGUAGGAUUCUUGAAGAACAUGGAAAUCUGUCAAGUUUGAGAAUGUUGGACCUGACAAACAACCAAUUGUCCGGAGAAAUACCACCUUCGCUUGGAAACCUCAAGAUGCUCCAGUCCUUGUACUUGAAUCAGAAUAAUCUCACCGGGACAAUCCCUCAAUCUUUUUCAACCCUUCCAAGCUUAACUAACUUUUCCCCCAAGUAAAUCAAAGACUGGGGUUGUUGUUGCUAUUGUUGUUGGACUUAUUGUUCUUGCGGGAGGCUUACUACUAUUUUGUAUGCGGGGCCGGCUUACGGGCUACAAGCAGGAUAACUUUGAAGAUGUUGCAGGUUGGUAUCAACUGUACAUACUUUUUUGAGUAUGGUCAAUAUGAGUAACAUAGUUGCUUUCUUAUUCAUAUCUUUCUAUUCUUUCCUUUUGUGGAAAGUUGAUAUAUAUGCUGCACUAUAAGCAUUAAUGUUCGUCACAUAUAUUUUACUCCAUCUCAUUAUCAAUAGAUAAAUGGCCAGAUGGCCCUUGUUAUAUUCAGGAGAAGUUGACCGAAAUAUUGAAUUCAAUCAGUUAAGAAGGUUUUUGUGGACAGAGUUGCAAAUGUUAAGGCUGCAAAUGUAUUAUUAGAUGAAUAUUUUGAAGCUGUCGUGGGUGAUUUUGGGUUGGCAAAAGUGGUAGAUGUUGGAAAGACCAAUGUGACCACUAGAGUUUGUGGUACGAUGGGACACAUUGCUCCUGAGUACUUGCAUACUGGGAAAUCAUCAGAGAAAACUGACGUUUUUGGCUAUGGAGUCAUGCUUCUUGAGCUUGUUACAGGUCAACGUGUGGCUGACUUCUCUCGCCAUGAUGAAGAAGAUGAUGUGUUAUUUCUUGAUCAUGUAAGUUUGGCCUUUUCUAUUCAUGUCUCCAUUUUAAUGCAAAAAUAGUACAGAACCAUGGAAGCAUGUCGAUAGGAUUAUAAUGGACCGGCCUUAUUAACGUUUUCUAAAAUGGGAUGUUCUUUUUUCAUGCUAAUCCUGAACCAAUCUCAAAAUCUCAAAUGGAAUGGAAUCAAUACACUUUUUAUAUACGGAUUAUCCUAAGCCAGACCAUAUGUUUUUGUAUCAAUCUUCUAUUUUUAGUUAUUCUUUAAUUUAUAAUUUUUUUACCGUGUAUUAAUCUUAUCUAGCUAGCUACUAGACAUAUGAAAGAAAUUAAGUGGCCAUAGUGCACAUCCUACAUAUUACUUAAAGCAUCCCCAAUGCUACAAUACUCACGGAACACAUGUUGCAUGAGAGAGAUAGACACACAAAUAUUUAUAAACAAAAUAUUUCUCCUUAUUUGAACGGUUUUAUAUGUUUUUGGUAAGUUUUUUUCCACAGUGUCAUGAAGAAUGUCUAGAUGUAGACAUUGUGGUUGGCAUUAUUACCAAAAUUAUAUAAAAUCGUGGAAAGAAGGAGAGAGAAAUGUCAAUAAUUUAUUUUUAUGUGUCUAUCUCUCUCAUGCCACAUGUGCAUCACAAUUUCGAGCUUAGUUUACUAGUUUGUGUAUUUUAGAUGGUAAACUUACUAAUACAAUUAGUAGUUUUAUAUCUUAAGUAUCCAUUUGAGAGUCAGACUUCAAAUAAUUAUUCUUUAUAUAUCUUGUUUUCAUUAUACUUUGUCUAUAUAUGUUGAUGUUUUUUAAAAUCCAUCAAGAAAAAGUCUCUUGAUGGUUGCAAUUUUUGAAGUGGUCUAAUAGCCAUAAUAGAAGUUGGUUUCACCAAAUUCCUAUCAUGAAAGGAAUAUAUAAAUACUACUUUAAGUGUUAUUACUAUUUAUUAUAUUUUGUUUUUAAUACACAUCUCCUAUAGCAACAAUUGAUCAUCAUCAUUCAUCAUAUUACUGCAGUGCCGCAAAGGCUCCCACCUUAGGUGGGGUAAGGGGGUCAGAUGUACACAGUCUUACCCUAUACAGAUUGAUAAAAUACAUAAAUUUUUCAUUUGAAGGUGAAGAAUUUGCAAAGAGAAAAUAGGUUACAUGCUAUUGUAGAUGGCAACCUGAACAACAGCUACGACAUAGAGGAAUUAGAGAUGAUUAUUCAGAUUGCAUUGCUAUGCACGCAAGCUUCGCCUGAAGAAAGACCUGCAAUGUCAGUAGUUGUAAGAAUGUUAGAAGGAGAUGGGCUUGCGGAGAGGUGGAGAGAAUGGCAACAUAUUGAAGUGAACCGUAAGCAAGAAUAUGACUGGCUGGACAGACGAAUCGAAUGGAGUGAAGAUGGCAAAAGAAGAUGCACUUCCUCCUCACCACUUUGAAGGUUGUGUAUGUGUUGAGCACUCCGAUACCGGAAGUGAUGGACGACGAAAACUUGGAACAAAUUAGGAGGCGUAACAAGUGGGAGAACGAUGACUACAUAUGUAGAGGCCGCAUUCUUAACGGUAUGUCCGAUGCAUUAUUUGAUAUUUACCAAAACAUUGAGAGUGCGAAGGAAUUGUGGAAUUCUCUUGAGUCAAAAUACAUCACCGAGGAUGCUUCUAGUAAGAAAUUCUUGGUGAGUGAUUUUAAUAAUUAUAAAAUGGUUGAAACAAGGCCGAUUAUGGAACAAUACAAUGAACUCCUUCGUGUUCUUGGUCAAUUUAAACUCCACAAGAUAAGUAUUGAUGAAUCCUAAGCCGUGUCGAGUAUAAUUGACAAACUUCCACCCUCUUGGACGGAUUUUAAACGUAAUUUAAAACAUCAAGAUGAGGAAUUAUCAUUGGUUCAACUUGGGAGUCACUUGCACAUUGAGGAGUAUCUUCGUGCGCAAGAGAAUGACCAAAUUAUGGAUGAUGUUGAAUCUAGAUUGGCUCAUGUUUACUUGGUUGAGGAUAAUAAAUCUAACCCGAAAGAUAAGGGGAAACGCAAAAAGCGCAAGUAUGAAGACCAUGACAAACCCAACAAGAAACCGAAAGGUUUGGUUUGUUGGAGGUGUCAAAAGGUUGGACAUGUCAAGUGUGAUUGCCGUGUGAAACUAAACAAGAAUGGCGCUGGAAGGAGUGGCAGUGGACUGGAACGGUCUAAGGACCUGGUUCCACGGAAAGGAGGUCAGUUCCUGACUAACUUUGAUAAUUCUGCCCAGAAUUAUGUAUCACUCAUUCCAGAAUCUUUUUAUGUACAGGAUGAUGACUGGGCAUGGUGGAUUGACUCGAGGGCUACGAGCCAUGUGUGUAAGGAUAAAGGAUGGUUUGAAGACCUAGAACCAGUGGAGGUCGGUUCCUUCUUACGCAUGGGAGACGAGUCAAUGGUGCCUAUCUUGGGAAAGGGUGUAGUUGUUUUAGAAUUUACUUCUGGAAAAACAAUUACGUUGUUUGAUGUUUUGUAUGUACCGAAGGUUCGAAAGAAUCUUGUUUCGGGAAGUAUGUUGAAUAAUUUAGGGUUCAAACAAGUGAUUGAAUCCGAUAAAUAUAUUUUGUCCAAGGGUGGUGUGUUUGUUGGUUUUGGAUAUUUAUCAAAUCGCAUGUUUCGUUUGAAUGUUGUGAAAAAAUUAAUUUCUAGUGAUACUUCAGUUUUUGUGGCAUAUUCAAUGAAUGAUUGUAUGAUUUGGCAUGCUGAUAAGUCCAUUUUUGUACUUAUUUUUCUUAUCAAAUUUAAGUCAUUUUGGAUUGAAAAAUAGAAAAACAAGGCAUGUUUUAUAUAUUUCGGUUCAAGUUUCGUGAAAUCAGGUAAAAAUCACGUCCAUGAUAUGUUUGACGAAAUUUCGGGUCAAUUAAGCAUACAAUGAGUCAAUUUGAGUGAAAAAUGAUAUCAUACCGAAAGAAGGAAGCAGAAUUUCAAAGUGGUCCAGAAGGGAAAGUUGAAGAGCACAAAAUACAGAACAAGACAGACAAAAAAAUCUAAUAGGCGCCCAAAUUGGCCGCCUUCCAGGCCGCCUACGCUAUUUUUGGAAAGUCAACAUUUUUGGAAUUUUGACUGGACCGGAGAAGACCGAAGGUUGCCGACACUGGACGGAAGGCGGCCGCCUUCGAUGACCGCCUGCGGCACAAGGCGACAAACCAACCACCGGCCGGUGGGAUUUGACGGCAGGCGGCCAGACAGGAACGGCAGGCGGCCGCCUGCUGGACCGCCUGCGACGGAUGAAGAGACCGGCGCACGUUCGGCUGCCGGUGAUGGGACGGAAGGCGGCCGGAGCAAGGUGGCAGGCGGCCACCUGGUUGGCCGCCUACGGUAUUUUUGCUGCUAUAAAUAGUCCGAUUUUUCCUCAUCCCAAACACACCAUUCUUAGCCCGAAACUAUUUCAAAAAGGUAUGUUUCUUCCUCUUCAAAGCUCGGAUUUCCACCAUUGUUGCACCUUCAACUUCAAUCUUUCAUAUCUUUUUCAUUUUAGCUCCAAUUUGUAAGUUCUUUAUAUGAAAAUUCAUCCUCUCUGCGUGUAGAUUCUGAAUAUAUUGUUUUUAUUUCCCAAAUAUUUGUGAAAUAUUCUCUGAAUUAAUUUUAAUAGUUUCGUAUUUUCCAUUUUAAUUCAAGAAAAUUAGAUCUUGUUGUUAUAUUAAUCUCCUACUUAGACAACCUCAAUACCUAGUAUAAAUAAUGUUUAUUUGUGAAAGAAACGAAUGCUUAGAUGUUGGGAGUAUUCACUUUAAUAUUUUCUUGUGUUGUUAUUAUUUAUGAUCAUGUCUUAUUUUAUAUGUAAAAUGUUAAAAUUAGUAAUGAGUUGUUGUAGUUAAUUUACUCUUGGGCAUGAAUUGAAUUAAAGGAAUAUGGAUUGACUUGUUAGCAAAAAAUUAGGGGUUAAAAUUAAUUAAUUGGACUAGUUAUUCAAAAUUGAUGAAAUAGUAAUUAAUAAUUGUUAGCCGUUCUCAUUAAUUAAAUUUUGGAAAAUUAUUUCUAACUUAUCUAUGGGAUUAGAAAAUAAUUUGAGCCAACCAUAUUUAAGCACGUUAAUAAGGCCUAGAAAUAGGAAAUUUUAAUGAAAUGGAUUUACAUCUUAUCUAUGAGAAUUAAAUUUAAAUUGCUUAAUUAAUGAGUCUAAUUAGUUAAUGAAUUUGGCUAUUUUUAUUGAACAAAAUAUUGGAGAAUUAUUUCUGUCUUGUCUACGAGAUUAGAAUUUAAUUCAAGCCAACCAUUUUUGAAUACAUUGAUGAAACCUAGAAAAAGGAUAAAUUAAUGAAAGUAAUUUCUAUUCUUGUGUAUGAGAAAAGAAAUUAGUAGUCCAAUUUUUGUUUUAAUUCCCCUAAUUACUAGGUCCAAGAAUAUAUCCAUUUCUAAUUAUUCAAUUCAUUGUCCUUCUUUGAUCAAUCCAUUUAGAGUUUAAUAUUUUUCAUUUAGUUUAUUUUUAAUCCAUCGUUAGUAUUUGCAUAAUUUAAAUUACUUUCUUUUUAAAAAAAACUAGUUUAGAAAACCAAUCAAAAGUUUCAAUUUGGAAAGCUUCUAAUAAUUUGCGAUAACCUGUGACUGGGCUUAAAAUCAAGAAACUCCUCCGCCAUUCCUCAAGAGACACGAUACUCUGGGAAAAACCGAAAGGUUAGACUCCGUUUUACUACAACGCCGCGAAAGCGGUUAUCAAAUGGCGUCGUUUCCGGGGAAUGGCACAGUGAAAUCUUGAUUUUGAUAUUAGCAUGGGCGAAUUCAAGUUAGGGAGACUUUGUUUUUCUCUUUUGUUUUGUUCUCACGUGUUUGCUUGAUGUUUCCUCAUGGAUUGCUCAAAUGAACACUUUUAUUCUCAACCACCAUAUCACUAUCCAUACCAUGAACAACAAAGUUUUCAAAAUAAUCAAAAUGAAGGAUACUAUGAGCAAGGUUAUGGGGAUAACAAUCAAUGUGCGAAAAUCCACCUUUAGGGUAUGAAGAUUACCGAUUUCAAGAUAAUUAUUUCCACCAAGGGCAAAACUUUGAAGGCUAUAAUGAUUUUUCCUAUCUAGGUAAUUAUCAUGAUGAUUUUAAUCAUAAUGAAAAUUACCACAAAAGGCUAGAAAACCAUUACAUUAGCACAAACGAGUAUUCCUACGGGAAUGAAUCUGAAAUUUCACCUUAUCCUCAACACGAGCUCGAAAACUUAAAAUCAUCCUUACUCGAUCUUGUGGAAGACUUAAAACAGACAAGGAUUGAACUAGCAUCUCGUGACGAGAGCCUCAAUAAAUUGUUUGAACAAAUCAUAUAUGACAAUGAACACAAAGUUCAAGAGGAGACAUACGAGGAAGGUGCUAAAUCUGAGGAGGAGGCUGUGGAAACUAUGGGCGAGAUGGUUGAAACUCUUUUCAACCCUAUUUCUUUUGAGUCUCUCAUUGCUACUGAGCUAGAGCCUGUCCUUGUAGAAAUUAGUCCUGAAGAGCCCAAUCUAAAAGUGCCCACUGAAGUUGAUGAAGAGACCAUAGACGAGGAAAUACUUUGUGACACCGACCCUACCCUACCAUCUAUGGAUGACCUCUCACUUAAAGAGUCCUUGAAAGAUAGCCUUGAUGAAUAUGUUGAUCCUACACGAGCCCAAGUGCUUGAUCAAGUAGUUGAUGAAACAUGUGAUGUUGAGAAAACAUUGUCCGAUGACGCCUUCUUUGACUCUAUACUCAAUGAUGACAAACGUAGUUGUGCUAGGCAAGGAUCUGUUUACCUAGAUGAUAUUUGCGGGGUUAGUGAGCUAGGAAGUUGGGAUGCAUUCUUAGAGAAUGACACAGAGUCUAAACUUUGUGAUUUUCAUGUUGAAGGCAUAAAUGAAGAAGAGAAAACCCAUCAAGAGGAGUAUGAAAUCUCUAAUCAGGCUACUUUUACCUUUAUGGCUCCAUUUGAGCGGUUGGAGAAACCAGAGGCACCUGAUCCUGAAAUACUUGUUGAUUCUACUAAUGAGAUUGAUGCAUGAUAUGUGCUAAUUCCUUGUUCGAACGACGUGUUCUUUGAAGAUUAUGUCACAUUUUGGUGGUCACGAGAGAUCAAAGGUAUACGCCAUCUGACGGCAUACCUGGAGGAUAAGGUGGAUGCACUAAUGAUGAGUGCUCCACGACUGACUUGCAUUACAGAAAGUUCUCUCUCAAACGUCAAGCUAGUGACGUUAAAGAAGCGCUUCUUGGGAGGCAACCCAUAUUUUUCAUAACUUUGUUUGUUUGUUUUGUGUGAUUGCAGGUGGUGCUUCUGUUGGGAAUAUUUUAUGGUGUUCAAUCUAGUUAGUUAUCUUUGUAUUUGUGUAGUUAUUAAUUAAUCGUGUAAUACGGGCCACAAAUGUGUAUCAGCCCGUGGGCUUCCUUGUAACCCGUAAGUUAGCCAACUUCUCCUAUAAAAGGAGGCUAACUUACGGGAACCCUAACGAUCGAUAGAGGCUUAGAGCAGAGGCGUAAAGAUAGAGAGUAGGGUUGCCGCUGCUCUCCUUCUCCAGGGAGAGCAGCGGCCAGUUUACACGGUAUACCAGAUUCGUAUAAUAUCUACAUAUCUUUC